GAGAGAGAGAGAGCAGGGUUUAUGUUGUUAGAGGAGCGGCGGAGAGGCUCACAGCAGGACUGAGUGUGAUCGUUCUGUGGGGACUGAUGGAUUAUCGUUCGGGUCGACUCCUCUGAACGGAAUAUUUGGGCUCUGUUCGGUCAGGUGGAUGUAUGGCUGAUGGACAGGUGUCCGAACCAAUCACAGGACAAUGCUGGCACGGAGCCGUUUCAUCGUGGUGCUGGUGGUGGGUGCGCUGCUGGCGGUGCUGAGUUUCAGCUUGCAGUAUUUGCACCUCAUUCCAACCAAUCCAGUGGCAGAGCAAAGGUCACUUGGAAAAAGCAGAAAGCGUGUGAAUCCAGUCCUCCAUACGGAUCCUCCCGCCCCUGACCCCAUUCGAGACACCCACCAGUACUGUAAUUACCCCAACCUCAGCGAGCACGGCUGGGAGGGUCACAGUCCGGCAGACUACAGGCUGCUGUCGGUCCAGGUGAUGAUUCGUCAUGGAGACCGUUUCCCUUUAUACUCCAUCCCAAAAACCAAGAAACCUGCCAUAGAUUGCACUCUAUCAGAGAAGAGAAAGCCCUCUCACCCGCUUUUGGCCGCCUUCAUUAAUCACAUGGCUCUCGGUGGGCGUGGUCACUGGGACGCAUCACUGGGAUCUCUCCCCCGAUUACCUAAUCACAACACCUGUGAAAUGGGAGAGCUUACACAGACAGGAGUCGUACAGCACUUGAAAAACGGCGAUCAUUUUCGCCAGGCCUACAUCAAGCGUCACAAUCUGCUCUCUGCUGAUUGGUCACCGCGUCAGGUGUGGAUGGAGACUACAGGUAAAAGCCGCACCCUCCAGAGUGGAUUGGCCUUCCUCUUCGGCUUCCUCCCGCAUUUCGAUUGGUCGCGUCUGACGGUUCGACAGCAGUGGAGUACGCUUUUCUGCGGUUCCUCGUGCGACUGUCCCACACGCAACCGGUACCUGGACCAGGAGCAGCGCAGGCAGUAUCACCAGAGGACUGCCGACACCGAACUCGAACGCACGUACGUCACCAUGGCCAAGACGUUGGGUGUGGCCACAAAGAUUCUGAGGGCGGCCAAUCCCGUGGAUGCUUUGUUGUGUCACUUUUGCCACGGUCUUCCCUUUCCGUGCUCCAGCUCUCAGACUACAUCACAUGUUUCGGAUGAGGGGGCGUGUCUUACACUACAGCACUUUGCUGUGAUUCGACGGCAGCAGAAAGACGACGAACUGGAGCGGCGGGAGGCGGGGCUUUAUCGCCGCUAUGCUGUGCUCGCGGCUCAUCCGUACCUCAACCGCACCGCGGCGCGACUGGAGAAGAUCGCUAGAGGAAGCCAGACGCGCAAAGGCACAGAAGAGGCGGUCUUCGCUUUAGCAUCUGCUCACGACGUGACCAUGGCGCCGUUGCUAAGCGCGCUCGGUCUGGAAGGGGCGGGAUUUCCGCGGUUUGCGGCCCGCUUGGUGUUUGAGCUGUGGAGUAGCCCCGAAGCGAAAGACAAAGAAAGGAAGAAUGAAAGGAAACGUGGAAAGUGGUUGGACGACACGUUUAUUCGUGUUCUUUAUAACGGAGAGGACUUGACCUUUGACACCGCUUUCUGCCAUGACCACAAUCGACACUCUGCUCAGCCACUGUGCCCUCUGGGUAAUUUCCUGUCUUUUGUGAGGAAGGAUAUGUUCAAUAUCGUUAACGCUACAAGUUACCAGCAGGCCUGCCGCCAAAUUGUACUGUAAUAUAUGAACAGAGCGUAAACAAAGAAUAAUUUACCCAAAUAUUCUGUCAUCAUUUGCUUCAUGUUGUUCCAAAUCCAUAUGACUUUUCGUGGAAUGCGUAGUGCAAUACUAUCAAUAAUGAGACUUUAAAGCUAAAAACAAAAAGCAAUCUCACUAAAAGUCCAUUCGACUUAUGCACUAUUUACCAAGGAGUUUCCAGGUGCUUGUCACUGCAUGUUUUCAAUGUAUGGAUCAAGAGCAGCAUUAGCAUUUUUCAAAAUUUCUCCUUUUGUUUUGCGACAAAGGUUUGGAAUGACGUGAAAGUGAGAAUUUCAGAAUUUUUAUUUUUGGGUGAACUGUUCCUUUAAGAGCGAGUACUACUAAUGUUUUUGAUGUAGUGUUAAAGGAGUAGUUCACUUUUAAAAAACUUUUGCUGAUAAUUUACUCACCCCCAUGUCAUCCAGGAUGUCC